CCGAUCUAAUGCCAGCAACCAUUGUUCCGUACCUCUACCUGUGCGUGUGCUGCUGCCGUAAUUAUAAAUAAAUUUAGGACUUAUUGACUUGUAGAAGUUGUAUCGUAACAAAAUGAAUAAAUGAAGAUGUUUUUAUGUCAUUUCUUAUUCUACUUGGAAUCGCACACGAUUUCAAUGCCCAUUGUUUUUCGAUAAGAAAUGGGAAAUGCAGGAUUCUCGCAGAAGCAGGAUGGCCUUGCUUUUUUAAGAUCUCCAAGGCCCCCGCUUUAGUAUGCCAUUCUUGAAUUACGUCGUUGAUGCCGUUCUCCUCCCCACAAGACGGAUGUAGUGACAACUACGAAGAUGGUUAACAAAAAUAAUGAUCCAGGCAACAACAUGUCGCCGUCUGCGGCGCUGCACGGUUUUUCUCCCGGCGGAGGGAGGACGAAAAAUAGCAGGAUGGAUGUGCUGAAAUUUCUGUAUCGACGCGGCAAGAGCAGGCAUUGGAGCGCCGGAGCUGCAGGAGAUUGCUCUAUUUCACACGAUGCUGCAAAUCCAAAUGCAAAACUCGUCAAUCCACCCAGGAAGACGUCGAGAUGUUGGAGAGAGAGAACCCGGCUGCACUCGGUAAGUAGAGCCGCUUUAUUUCUACUGCUCCUACUACUGCAGCUGACACUUGAGAUAAUUCUCGGCGAUUUGUUCCUGCUUGGAUCUUGUGCAGGACAGCAGCCGGCGCAUCCUAGCGCUGGGCAAGGAACAAGUGGUGCGAAGACGAGUGCAACUGCUAGGCCUGCGUCAGUACACAAAAAUGUGAAUCUUCCCGCUCCCCGCGGCCCUAGCUCCGAGAACAUUCGAGAAGACUUGAUUUUGAACCCCGCCAAACAGACACAGUAUCACCCGGAUAUCGAGAACGACCUAUCAAAUGCGAAUAUGUCUGGGUCUGGAAAAUUGUCGUGCUGUUUUUGCAUGACACAGAAGGUCUGUCCUGGACGCCCUAGCAUUACAGGUUUUGACAAGCUUCCGCAUUUUUGCAUAAUCCGCAUGACAAAUGCCGCAUUUUGGUGACAGGAAGUGGGCAUCUGUUGCUGCCUAUGCAUGAGAGAUUUGCGCGUGUCGUGAAAUGUGCAUCACAAGUUCGCAUCCUUCCAGACCCAAACAUUUUUGCAUUUGAUACAGCCCCUUCCCCGACCACGACUGCCGGCGUGUGGAAAACCCCGUUAUGCAUUGCAAAUAUGUGGUCUGGGUCUGGAAGGAUGCAACUUGUGAUGCUGGAUUUGGAUUCUAGAUAUAUCUGUGUUGCAUGAAUAGCAAAAGAGGUCCAGUUUUUGCCACGGUGAGAGGGCAUUUCUCAUGCGGUAUAGGCAUCAGAAAGACCUGACAAAAUCAGUGAUGCUAGGGCAUGCAUCACAGACAGCAGGAGUCCUGCAAAAUGUGCAUGACAAGUCUGUGUGUAAGUCUUCCAACCUUCCAAACCCAGACAUAGUUGCACUUGAUACCCGUUAUCGAUUGGCAAAGGCUCCGCACGGUCUUCAAGAUUGGGUGUCCGGCGACCAAAUAUACUUACACCUUGCAAUGCUCCACCAUGGUCACCAAUUGGGCGGCGGGGCUGGCCUUUUUGGAGGACUGGACUGAUUUCCCCGUGCAGAAAGUAUGCAUUGCAGAAAUGUCUGGGUCUGAAAGAAUGCAGGACUUGUCUUGCUUGUCUGGUAUGACUCUUGGAUCUGUGAUGCGUAAGCAGGACCGGGGCCUCCUGCCUGGCAUGCAAAAACGCAGUUUGCCAUGCGGAAAACGAAGCACAUGAUGGCACGUGCAAAAACUUGUCAUGCUUGGCUGCGUAUUGUAGUUGUUCGCCCAUCAUUCACAGACUUGCAUCACAAGUUUCCAGACCCAGACACUUUUGCAAUUGAUAGAAAGGCCGCAAGCACGACCGCGUCCGAAAAAAGGCGGUGGAGCAGUGCUAUAUCCUGUAGAAAAACGUCCCUCCCACGACAGAGGCCGAGUUGUCGUGCAGAUUUGCAAUUGCAGGUGCAGGAACUACGCUUCUAUUAAUCCGCACCCCGAACAAGGGAGGCACUCCCAGCCGUUUUUUUUGAAUUUGUAAUGCUGCAAAUAGGACCAGGAGAUGGCUUUGUGAUGCGGCUGCCCUCGCUAGUAGUAACCUGCAGUACAAUACAGCGAAAGACAGAAACUUGCCAUGAGUGACUUCUCCCAAAGUGUCUGGACUUGUGUUGCAGAGAUCCCAACUCGAGGACUAGGGGAUGGGGACAUUUUUCCACAGGAUACGCUACUUGGGCUACCUCACCUUGAUGAUCGUUCGCCUCAUGCAGUGCAUGCUCAAAGAACAGAUGGGUGAUUGCUACCUUCCGUAUCCAGAAAAAAACAAUCAUCUUCCCCAGCAUCCCUUUUAUGCAUGACAAACACAGGAUUUCAUACGUGUUUUGCAUGACAAACUGGAUAGCAGAUAGUUGCUUUUUUAUGGAUAUGCCGUACUCGGUACACGUGCGGGAGCUUAUACGCGGCGUGAAUUUCAUAUGGAAGCGUCAGGAUCGAAAUUGACAAAGUUGAAAAAACUUGUGAUGCAUAAAAUGCUAGACGCAAAGUGCCGGUCUUGCAGAGCAGGCAACUGAGGCCGAUUAUAAGCCUGUUUGGGGUGUGGGAUAGAGCUGCUAAAACAGCAUUACAAAAGCAGUCUUCUCUGCUCAAACAGCUGCAUGACAAAUUGGAUUUCCAUGCUGCCAAAAUUUGUCAUGCGCCACUUGCAAACUGGGCUCCAGCUGGUAUCGCUUUUUUGCAUUACAGAUUAUUUCAACUUGCACGAUUUCGAUCCCGACACUUCCAUACUUCAAGGUUUUUCUCGGCACGGACUGGCCAGUGUUUGCGCUGCUCAACAUAUCCCACGAAAAAACUGUUUCACUGUGAACUUGUGAUGCAGAAAAUGCAUCACUGAAGUGUUUGUCUUGCUACACAUGCAAGGCAAGUGAUUUUUAGCAGUGUUUUCCCUUAGGAUCGUUGCAUGGCAAGUUUUCCCUUUAAUGUGUAGCGAACUUGUAAUGCAAAACUUGCAAAAUCCUUACAGUGAAAUAGUUUUUUCUUGUGAUACAACACGGCUCCAUUCUACAACUGGCCAAGCUACGACAAGGAAAACUUGGAUUUCGAUUGUGACAAAAAAUCCAAAAGUAUGAAAGUGCACAACCUCGUCCCCCACCACUUAUGUAGAGCAUCAACAGCAUUACAAACACCAGUACAGGUGGACGCUGUGCAUGACAAGUUUUUUAUCCGCCGAGUGUACUAGUACUAUUUAUUUUGAUUUCUGGAAAAAUUUGUCAUGCACACGGUGCCACAAGGUAGCAACUGGAUUUCGGUUUUCGCAUGACAAAUGAGGGGAAGGGCGGGGAGUUGUGCACUAUCAUAAAAAGCGUGGUCUCCUGGACGGAAUUCCGGGACUUGUUUGUGUGGCCGGAAGACUACAGGAAACACUGGUUUGAAGAAAGCAUCCAGUAUUAUCACACAGCAGCUCCUCCCGUUGAACGUGAAGUACAACAUGGUGGUGAGCAUAGAGAACAAGUCGACGAAACGGGACACUAUCCCACAAAAAAAAACUGUUUCACUGUGAUGGCUUCGCAAGAUCUGCAUCUUCACAAGUUUGCUACACAUGACACAGAAAAUUUGCCAUGCGCGUUUCCCAAGGGCAAACACGCUUAAAAAUCCAUAGUGUUGCAGGUGUAGCAAGACACACACUUUGGUGUUCCGCUCUCUGCAUCACAGGUUCACAGUGAAACAGUUUUUUCUCACGAUAGACACACCCUGCUGAUCACUGAGGAAGAGAAGCUCGGGAUGCGGUUGGCUUUUCCGAUAUGGGGUUCUCAAACGUAUCAUUCUCAACUGUUGCGUGAAUUUGUCAUGCAAAAGCACCAUCAUCAUCCUCACGAUCAAGCUGCUUCGCCCACCCCCCGGGGAGGGGAUCCUUGACCUGUGGCGCUGGGAGCGGGUGUCCACUACAUGAUGAUGAUGAUGAUGAUGAAGCUGCUCCGCAUAACAAAUUUGCGAAGGGCUAAACCGCGCCUAAAUCUGUGUGGAAUUUGUAAUGCUACAGGCGCAAGAGCCUUUCCCUUUCACUUUUCCCAUUCGUGCAUCACAAAUUCAUGUAACAGUUGAGAAUGUAACAGUUGAAAACGCGGCCAUAUCCGAAGCCAUUGGCGUAUGACGAGGAAAAGCGGCGCUGGUUGUACGACCAAAGAACAGAAGAUGAUUCAUCCAUUUCUACCGCAGCAGGGUAUGAUCCUGCAGAGCAGGUAGAAGAAAGUCCUCUCUUUAUCUCGCACAACAAUCGCGGGCCGGCGCCCAUCAUUCGCAUAUGAAAGCCUCAGAAUGGAAAUUCUCAAAGUGGGAAAAAUUUGUGAUGCAUGAAAUGCGACACCAAAAAGACUGUAUUGCAGAGAACGCAAUUUGGGGGCUGACUAUUGUCCUUCUACGGGUUAAGAAUUGGAGUGCUGAUUAGCAUGACAGAAACGCACCCCUUUGCCUGACUAGCAUGACAGACACGCUUUGAGUGCCCGGGAAAUUUGCCAUGCGCCAACUAGAAUAGGUGCUCCAACUAGAGUCGUUUUUUUGCAUUUCAAAUUAUUUUCACCGUGAGGAUUUCCAACGUGAGGCUUUCAUAUCGCACGCUCGAGCAGGAGGAGGAGUUGUUUGCGGAUGUCAGUGAACACAGCUUCAUCCCUAUGCAAGAAAAAAACUGUGUAAAGUGUAACUCUGUAAUGCAGAACAUGCAACAGCGGGUUACGCCUGUCAUGCCACACAGCCAUGAAGUCUCUUUUUAUGAUGUGGGUUUUCUCUUACAAGCCACGCAUGACAGGUUUUCUCUGUCAUGUAGAGCAAAUUUGUGAUGCUGUCCGCCAAACAAGAAAGUUACACUUACACAGUUUUUUUCUUGCAUAAUCCGAAAGAUGGACGAGAAGGAAAACCGAUUUUACUACCAGGUCGUCCGACCGCCCGGUAAAGCGUUUAUGAGGGCUGUUUUUCCACCAGAACAGCAUGAGCCACCAGAUGAGUACUUUUUCCAGACGCCGAAGCAGGCGCAUUUUUACAGCAAUAUGGCGCUCUCAAACGUUACAUUCUCAACUGUUAAUACAUGAAUUCGUCAUGCAGUUUUACAAUCAGAGUCGACACAGUCAAGCUGCUUUGCAUGACAAAUUCUCGAAGGGCCAAACGGGCUGAGAAUCUGUGCCAAACCUGUAAUGCGAAAGGCGCAAUCUUUCCCCUUUCAGUUUUGCCAUUCUUGCAUCACAAAAAGAAUGUAGUACUUAAUAGUUGAGAACGCCAUAAGCAAAUUUCGCUCCUGGUGGCUGGAUUCGAUCAAAUUUGUCUAUGACAAGCGCAUUUCGGAAGACACGGCAACGAGCUCGCAGCAGUGUCUAUACGGACUCUACACAGCGAACGUGAUUAAGGCGCUCUGGGCCGCGGAUACCGAAUCAUCUGCCUUCCAAGCCUACGCCGAGCAUGUCAAUGGCAUGUUUUUUGAGUCCCUGCACUUCCUAUGAAUUGCAAAAGCAUGAUCGCACUAGUUGUAUAAACUGCAUUACAAAUUGACUUAGGUAGGAGCAUUACAAACUGAAUUUGUAAUGCGGAUUGGCCUAAACAAAAAGAUUUGCAAUGCAUACACGCAAUUAGUACGAGUGCGAUACGUUUGCGCUGCAUACUUCCUGGGCGGUAGCAAGUGGCCCAUUUUCGCCUUACUGGAGCACGGGAAAUCCCUAUCAACUGCAAAUGUCCCUGGAUGUCUGGACGAAUGCAAGAACUUGUGAUGCUAUCUUUGGACUGAUGAACAUAAAAUCUGUAUUGCAUGAACAGCAAAAGAGCUCCAGUUUUUGCUGCGCCGAGAGAGCAUUUCAUCUCAUGGGGUAUGAGCAUGAUCAGAAAGCCGUCGCAGAAGCUGUGAAGAUGCUACGUCAAGCAUCACAGACAUCGCGGGUCAUGGAAAAUAUGCAUGACAAACCUGGCACUACUUCUUUCCCAGACCGAGACAUAUUUGCACUGCAUAAUCCCUGCGGCGGCACAAGUUUGACCUGGAUUUUUCCCGGGGCGAGCUGGAUCUGAUAUGGCAUUCUCAAUUGUUACAUUCUCAACUGUUGCAUGAAUUUGUGAUGCAAGAAUGGCAACAGGAAAAGGCCGGAUCUUGCAACUCUUGCAUUACAAAUUCGGCACAGAUUCCCAUGCUGUUUAGGUUUUCCAAAAUUUGCCAUGCGAGGCAGCUUCACUGUGUGGACGUUGAUGCUCAUCUUGCAUGACAAAUUCAUGUAACAGUUGAGAAUGUAACGUUUGAGAACACCAUAUCUGAUAUGGAAAGACUCGGGUCCCUGGCUGCAGUCCCUCGGUGUGGAGGAACACGGGGCGAAGAUCCUGGGGUAUCCUGUAUAAAAACGUCCCCACCCCAGGGUUGUCAUGCAAAUGUGCAAUGACAGCAACAUUUGUAGUAACGCGCAUCUCCUUGAGAGGCAUUUCCAGUCCGUGCUUUGGAAUUUGCAAUGCUGUAAACAGGAAGAGUAAAUGGCUUUCUCAUGCGGCUUUCCUUGCUAACCAGCGCUACACUGCAAAUGGAAACUUGUCAUGCAGAUCUCCCAAAGCUUGGAGAUUUGUGUUGCAGUUUUCCCACCUUGACUAUGGUGCGGGGGCGUUUUUACGUAGGAUAUGGGGAGUUUCAUCGGCAGUGCUCUUUCCGACCAGGACGUUUUGGCGAGGCCCGAGGGGAAAAUGCGGGACGAGAUGAUUAUAUCAAAGAACCCAGAGAGAAUAAUUGCUACUACCUCAACACGAGCUGCAGGACUAAAAACAGCGAGCUACUUCUCCCAUCGCGAUUCCCACUACGGGUGGCGUCCUUCCUUUGUGGAUAUGCAUUGCAAAAGUAUCGUAGUACUCGUAUAAAUGCAUUACAAAUUUUCUCAGCAUGAGAAAUGAAAUUUGUCAUGCUGAUUUACCUUAAGAAAAAUAUUUGUGAUGCAAGACCUGCAUUUAUACGAGUACGAUACUUUUGCACUGGAUAGUGGAGCUGGUCCGGCAAAUUACGGGGGCGGUGUACUACAAUGAAAAUACCCCCACCCCAGCACUUGGGAGCAUUUGUAUUGCAAACCCUUCCAAAUGAAACACUCGCCCUCUUGCAUCUAUCAGCGUCACAGAUUUUCGAUCGUGAAUUAUAGCAAAAAUCUGUAUUGCAAAAAAUCGCAGGAAGAGUGGCGCUCGUCAUGCAAGCGAUGCUAAAUACGCCUAGAAGACUCUGCAUCAGAAAGAUUCAUAGUCCUUUCCUGCAAGACAGAGGGCUUUCACUUGGAGACUUUGCAUGAGAAACUUCUGCAAAUUCAGGGGUGGGGGUAUUUUCCACUUUGAUACGGUACUGCAGGACGGGAAAAACCGGGAAACCGGCAGACGGCUGCUAUACGUGUCCUUCGUGUACGGAAAGUACAAAAAAUACAUCGCCGGAUGGACCCGCCGGCUCAAGGCGUUGCGCAUGACGAACUUCCUCUUCUAUUGCUUGGAUUGGGACACGUACGCGGAAUGCGAGAGGGUCGGCGACAGGGAGUUUAGAAGUCCGUCAUCAUCAUCCUCAGAGUCCUCGUGGUCCUCGACAGGAAAUAAUAUUCUUGUUUCUCCACCACGGCCACGGUGUGCCAUCGGGGAAACCAUUUCGUCCUAUCCUGAGUAAAAACGUACCCACACCAGAGUCAGGAUGAGGAUGUUGCAACACAAACCUAGGAGUUUUGUGAGUCACGCAUGACAAGUCGCACUAUGCAGCGUAGUGCAGGUUAGCAAGUGCAGCCGCAUCACAGAUUCAUCUGCUCAUCCUGUUCACAGCAUGACAAAUUCCAAAGCACGAUUGGAAAUGGCUCUCAUGGGGAUGCGCAUUACAAGUCUUCCUGUCUUUGCAAAUCUGCAUUACAACUCUGGCGUGGGUACGUUUUUACUCAGGAUACGUCCCUCAACAAGUUCACGAUCGUUUUGACGGCACUGCAACUCUAUGCAUUGCAAAAGUACUAUCGUACCAACUAGAAGGAGUAACCGCAUUACAAAUGAGCUAGGCAUGACAAAUGGAAUUUGUAAUGCUGUUUUAGCAUAGGAGGAAGAUCUGUCAUGCAAAUCCGCAACUGGUUUUGGGUUUAGGACGAGCGCGAUACUUGUUUUGCAAUGCAUCAGCUCGGGUUUGACGUUUUCUGGGUGGAUUUGGACGCGUAUAACAUUGCACAACUCCCCCUCCCCCUCAUUUGUAUGGCACGACGAGCAGCAAGACAAACACCAAAAAACAUGGGGCCUGUGCGUGACAAAUUUAUAUGCAGCCUAAAAAUGUAGUACUGAUUGCACUUCCGGAAUUUGUCAUGCAAACAGUGCCAGAAGGGAGCAAUUGGAUUCGGGUUUUUUCAUGACAAAUGAGGGGGAGGGGGAGUUGUGCACUCUCAUAGCGCGUACCUGGUGCAAGAUCCGACAGAAGACGUUUACGCCACGUUGGAACUCGGGAUGAAGACCGCUUCAUCUGCGUUGAAUGAAGAUUCUCACAAAGAUGACGAUUUCGACUUCAGCAAGCGGUACAAGGACUGGGCACAUAUGGGGCUCUCAAACGUCACAUUCUCAACUGUUACAUGAUUUGUCAUGCAACAUUCCCAUAAGUCGCCAGAAGAUGAUUAAGGUGCUUUGCAUCACAAAUUCUCGAAGGGGUACUUAAACAGCAUCUAAAUCUGUUGCAAAUAAUUUGUGAUGCGAGACUCGCAAGCUUGCCCCUUUCCAUAUUGCUCUUCUUGCAUCACAGAUUCCUCGUGUAACAGUUGAGAAGGUAACCGAUUUGAGAACGCCAUAGCACAACGGUCAGACGUUGGGCUCUACCCCCUGCACGGAGACGCCUACUCCCUGCUCACGCUGUAUGAAACUGUCAGGAUUGAAAUUGACAAAGUUGAAAUGAUUUGUCAUGCAUAAAAUGGAUGCCAGUCGGAAGCCCACUUAUCAAGCGGCGCAUGACAAAUUUUCAUAGCACCGGAAUCCAGUUUGUCAUGCUGUUUGGUUACAGAAGACUGCUUUUGUCAUGCUACUUUAGCAGCUCUAUUUCAAACCCUAAACAGGCUCACAAUCGACCUCCCUUGCCUACUCUGCAAGACAGGCAUUUUGUGGGCUGCAUUUUAUGCAUCACAAACUAAAUUUCAACUUUGACGAUUUCAAUCCUGACGCUUCCAUACGCUGGAAGGAAUGAAAAAUGACGCAAAUACGGAGCGCGCGGGCCGCGCAGCAGCAGCUCUGUCAUCCUCGUCGACGGGCACUAAUGGCAGAAGUAGAAAGUGUCCAGCAGCAGGAGCUGGUGGAAGAACUACAAAUCGAAAUCGCCCAGACAAAAGCACAACACGAAGAUCACAGCAGAUGAAGAAAACCACGGAGAAUGAAAGUGAAACUAUGCAGGGCGACCUGUCGGCAAAAUCAAAAAUACAACGGGGAAUAACAAGAAACAGCCGCGCAGAACCGUUUGAGAUGCUGAUCUCUUACUCUUUUAUCUCAGACUGCAUCUGCAACGGCUUUUUCUUCAUGAAAAGCACGCCAAGAAUGGAUAGGGAAUACAAAAUCUCCGUGGUUGUACCUACACGUACUGCAAGAUGCAUAGACAAAUUGUUCUGCCAAGAAUCCCAAGCAUGAGGGGCCCGAGACUUGUCAUGCCGAAUGACUUUAGGUAAAUAUUUUGUCAUGGAGUAACAGCAUCUGUAAGUCGUGUACGGGAAGUUUACGUGUGGAUAAGGUAGGAAUGGAUGAAACAGCUGAUCAUCUGGCUCUACCACCAUCCAUAUGAGCACUAUCGAGAGCAAACAUGUCUGGGUCUGGAAGGGUGGAACUUGUAAUGCUGUCUUUGGAUCCUGCAAAAAAUCUGUAGUGCGCAUGCAGCACGAGGAGUCCAGUUCUUGCUACGCGGACCGGGCAUUUCUCACGCGGUAUAGGCAUCAGCAAGCGCUCACAAAAUUUGCGAUGCUAGGACAUGCAUAACAGACAUUAACAUUAUGGGGCAUGCAAAAUGUGCAUGACAAGUUUUGCAUUCUUCCCGGCGACCCAGACACAUUUGCAAGGCAUAAGCACGACCAGCGCGCAAUGUCGGCCUUUCUAAACUACACCGAGAAAGUCGCGUUUCCAAAGCAUGUGGAAGAAGAUCUUCAUGGAAGUAGCGGUGCUGAAACAAUAGGAGAUGGCGACAACUUGGGACAAGUGGACGACGCAGGUGAGUCUACUUUUUGCAGCGAACAAGGCGACGACGAAGUGGUCGAAAAGAUGGCUGUGAACGAAGAAACCGGGGCAGAUGAACCCCCUCCUGAAGAGACACCAUCAGCUGCGACAAAAAACAAACAACACCUCUGGUAUCCGCCCGAGGUUCCGCAUAUGGAUCUCUCAAAUCGGUUACCUUCUCAAGUGUUACAUGAUUUGUCAUGCAAAAUGCGCAUCAGCAUCCACACGAUGAAGCUAUUUCGCAUGACAAAUUUUUGAAGGGCUAAGCAGCAUGAAAAUCUGUGCCAAAUUUGCAAUGCGAGAGGUGCAAGCUCCCUUCUUUUGCUUUUCCUUUUCUUGCGUCACAAAUUUCUGUAACCGUUGAGAAUGUAUUAACAUUUGAGAACGCCAUACCGCACUGGUUUGUGUUCGAACCAAACAACAAAUAUGUCAACUAUCCUGUUGUGAAACUCCGAUCACUUCUUCCUUGAUGCGCACCUCCGUCAAUGGGGCAUCAAGAUGCAUUUAUGAUUUUUCAUGCGUUUAUUUGAACUUCAUCUGGAGUUUAUGUUUAUCCCCAUAAGAAUGCCCUUUCUCUGCCAACUAUACUAGUCACGGUGUGUAGUUCUUCAAGUUGAAGUUCUUCGAUUUCCUCAGGAUAGCCCCUGGCCGUAUUGGACCGGGAAGAUGGAUGAAAUUUUGUUGAUCCACUUUCUCUAUCCUGUGCAAAAGUAUCGUACUCGUAUUGCAAUCAUGCAUUACAAAUCUUGUUCUCAAGGUAAAUCCGCAUUACAAAUUUCAUUUCUAAUGCUGGGGAAAUUUGUAAUGCAUUUAUACGAGUACGAUGCUUUUGCAAUGCAUAUUCUCGACGGCAGCGCCUACAGUCUCUACGGUCGGGGGGAUUGGGAUGCUAGCAUCCCGGUCGUGGCGGAGCAUUCUGCAGCAUCUACCUCCUCAGGCCCGACGGAUCAGCAUCCUGCAGCUGCAACAGGUAGUGUGGAUGCGUCGAGUAGUCAGGAAAGAAUAGGUUCCUCCGGACCCGGAGCUGCUAGCGCACCAAUAGACGUCGAAGAUGAACCGCUCGUAUUCACAGAAAAAACUACCUACUUUUCCCAUCUAUUUUAGCAUGACAAAAACAGUGCACGCUUCAUGCUCUGCAUUACAAAUUGGAUCGGGCGAAAAGGUGUAGUUUCUUCAGUCCAUACCCCGACGGGAGGAUGUUAGACACUUUCUACGAAGAUUUGGACAGCUACAGUCGCAGGUUUUCCGGUCGGGAAAUACGCGUGGAGCAAGGAGAUGAAGAAUCCUUAUCUUCCGCGCUCGCUUUAACCCCGAAGAUGAAGCGGCUGCUACAGAGAGCCCGGGAGCCGGAAAUUGUCGGGACUCGGCAGAUAUUCACCGCAAAUAAAGUAUCGCACUCGUAGUAAGCGCAACCUUGCAUCACAAAUUUGUUUGUUCACCUCAAUCUGCUUGACAAAUUACAUUAUAUUCAUCGCGCGAAAAUUAGUGAUGCUAUUGCUACUAGUACGAUGCUUUUGCAAUGCAUAGCAGAAAUGCGGUAUCCUGCCCAACGUCCACUCGGCGCACGAAGGAGUUGGGUGGCUGGACGCGGAGGUGCGGAGGGUGUAUCCGAUGUAAAGACGAAGAAGGCUACUUUGAUGUCGGGAAUCGGAAAUGCGGAAGGCGAGGGGACAACGAAAAGCUAAAGACGCUGACGCUGAGGCAGUACGAAGGAACAGACGAAGGAAGAGAAAUUGAGCACGUUCACGUUCAAGAUUGUUCACCCUACACAGCAGACGCACAAGAAGUUCAAAUGAAAGCAAAUAACCUGAGUAGCAAUUAUUAAAACGAAAAGAUAUAAUCAGUACUUCAAAAUGAAAAUCACACUCACAUGAUUGUUCGAGCGACGAGGGAGAGAAGAAAGAAGAAAGAAGAAUUGGAAGCGGGAGUUUCCAGCUGAGCACAACAAGCAAGCUAAAAUUCUUUACUUUGAACGAGUCAGAGUCCAAGUAGGUGUGACCUACUUGUUCUUGACCACGCUCUGGACAGCUUCUUCCACCAGUGUGAAUCACCCAGGAUUUUCAAAAACAAGUGUUUUGCUC